AUGAAUUUAUCAGCAGAAGUGAUAUUUCCUGUAGGUUCUUCCGGCAAUGACGACCCCUGCAUCUUCAAGUAUGAUAUCGGCCCUACUGCUUCAAAAGUGGCGAAGAACAGGGGAAGGCCGAAAGGAAGCACAAAUCGCCGAGUCUCCCAACGGAAACUGAAACAACCUGCUUUCGAGUUCGUUCAUAUUGAGGGCCAUGCCGGUAUCCCAGAUGCCGAUUCGCGUACCAUGAUCCGGAGACGAGUCAUGAUCAAUCAUAUCAACCAACGUAAGAAAGUUGAUGGGAGACGCGUCUUGAAUCCUGGACUUCCUCCAAUGAUUGCUGGUGUUGACCCUUUUAAUACAUUGCCGAUUCGGCUUGAGCCAUACGCACAUGACCUUUUGAAAUACUAUAUCACCUCUGGAUGGCAGAAAUACUAUUCUAUUGAGAAGCAUACUGCGUUUAACCCAAUAACGGAGUAUUGGAUAUCUCUCGUAAUGGUUGAUGAUGCUUUUUUGCACACAAUUCUCGGGUGUGCUGAUUUGCACUUCUUCCCGGGUAAAGCACCUCAGGCUUCCCUCACAACUAUAAAGCAUUUAAAUGCUGCGAUUUCAAUUGUGAACAAGCGCAUCGAGAAUAAUGAGAUUCCCACGGACGCAACUUUGGUUAUCGUUGCCACAAUGGCUCUUAUGGAGGUCAGAACUUCACCACCCCACAGACGUGUUAGGUACAAUGAAUUCUCACCAACCCUACGAUAG